GAGAACGUUUUCUGGGCGCAGAAAAGACUGGCCAGAGGCAGGUGGAUAGACUGGCUAUGGUUACAAGACCAUGUUGGCCCGAAAGAGCAUCAUCCCGGAGGAGUAUGUGCUGGCGCGCAUCGCCGCGGAGAACCUGCGCAAGCCGCGCAUCCGCGAUCGCCUGCCCAAAGCGCGCUUCAUCGCCAAGAGCGGCGCCUGCAACCUGGCGCACAAGAACAUCCGCGAGCAGGGCCGCUUCCUGCAGGAUAUCUUCACCACCUUGGUGGACCUGAAAUGGCGCCACACGCUGGUCAUCUUCACCAUGUCCUUCCUCUGCAGCUGGCUGCUUUUCGCUAUCAUGUGGUGGCUGGUGGCCUUUGCCCAUGGAGACAUCUACGCUUACAUGGAAAAAAGUGCCUUGGAGAAGGGAGGUUUGGAGUCCACCGUGUGCGUCACCAACGUCAGGUCUUUCACCUCUGCCUUUCUGUUCUCCAUUGAAGUUCAAGUGACAAUUGGGUUUGGAGGGAGAAUGAUGACAGAGGAGUGCCCUCUGGCCAUCACAGUUUUGAUUCUCCAGAACAUUGUGGGUUUGAUCAUCAAUGCAGUCAUGUUAGGCUGCAUCUUCAUGAAGACGGCUCAGGCCCACAGAAGGGCAGAGACCUUGAUUUUCAGCCGCCACGCUGUGAUUGCCGUGCGCAAUGGCAAGCUGUGCUUCAUGUUCCGGGUGGGGGACCUGAGGAAAAGCAUGAUCAUCAGUGCCUCCGUGCGCAUCCAGGUGGUCAAGAAAACCACCACCCCAGAGGGGGAGGUGGUGCCCAUUCACCAAAUGGACAUUCCUGUGGACAACCCGAUUGAGAGCAACAACAUCUUUCUGGUCGCCCCAUUGAUCAUCUGCCAUGUGAUUGACAAGCGCAGCCCCCUCUAUGAUAUCUCAGCCACUGACCUCGUCAACCAAGACCUGGAGGUCAUCGUGAUUCUAGAAGGAGUGGUUGAAACGACUGGCAUCACCACCCAAGCACGAACCUCCUACAUCGCUGAGGAGAUCCAGUGGGGCCACCGCUUUGUGUCCAUUGUGACAGAGGAAGAAGGUGUGUACUCUGUGGACUACUCCAAGUUUGGCAACACGGUCAAAGUGGCUGCUCCACGGUGCAGCGCCCGGGAGUUGGAUGAGAAACCUUCCAUCCUGAUCCAGACCCUCCAAAAAAGUGAACUGUCCCAUCAGAAUUCUCUGAGGAAGCGCAACUCCAUGAGGCGAAACAACUCCAUGAGGAGGAACAACUCCAUUCGAAGGAACAACUCUUCUCUCAUGGUGCCCAAAGUGCAGUUUAUGACCCCAGAAGGAAACCAGAACACCUCUGAAUCAUGACAGCCACCCAAAGCAAACUAAAUUUCUAGAGUUUACCCCAAGCACUAUCAAACUGAAUGGGAGCCAAAGCACAAUCAUUUGUCUGACAUUGUAAUGUACCAAGUGACAUUCAUACUCAAGAACCCUCACUUCCCACAUUAACACUAACAUAACAGAUCAGAAAUACUCUUGGCUUGGGUUUCAUAUAUUCAGAAUUGACAGUGAUGUAACAGAUAUGCAAGAAGCGAACAUGAAAAUUAGUAGUAAGAAUAAUUGAUCUUGACUGUGGCCAAGGAAUGAAUCUGUCUGAAAUGCUUAGUUGGUAGAACCACAGAUCAGUUUCUAUGUUUUACUCUGGAAAUACAAAUAGACCAGGAAGCUAAAAUGACACUCACCCCUUUUGUAUAUCAACUACCACCUCUGCAUGAAACUACACCUGCUCAGAGUCCCAUGGUCUGUUUCUAAACCAAUUCCCCCAUUUACUUAGUCCUUCCCUGUCAUUUCUGGAGGUUUCCCAAGCUGAUUCAUUACCACCUGUUGGGCAGAACUGAGCAAGGAAUCUUUGCAGAAAAGCUGUAUUCUGCCUUCUUUAGGAUUGAGCCCUCAACCAGCACAACCACUUCCUUCAGCUACUCAAUUAAGAGCCAGUCCCCACAAGGAACUACUGUACUAAGUAUCUGAUUAAAAUGUUUU